CUUAUCUGUUAAUAUUCUUCCCGUGCAUGUAUUUAAUGACUCAUUGUGUGCUUUAAAACCGUACUUUUACUACGUGCAUGUGUCUUAGGAAGUACCUGAGAUCUAUGAACCCCACCCUCCCCGGGUCAGUGUCAAUCACCUGACCGGCUGUGUCAACAGCAGUCAACACAGCCGCCAUCGCUCCUGUUGUGCUAAGCAAGAAAGAUUGAAAAAGGCAAUCCGUGAUGGACUCUAGGUCUCGCAGACUUCCUUUCUGUCUGCCCAGCUCAAGGUCAUCCUACACAUCGAGUCCAACAGUCUCCUCCUCAUCACUGUCCUCCAGCAGGUUGUACAGUAGGGACUCUGUGCUGAACAAUGACCGCCUUCCGAGAGCAUCAUCAGCUUACAAGACAGACCUUGACAACCAGAGUUCUCGUCUCCUGAGCUCAUCCAGAGACUACAGCAGCACUGACAGUCGCUCCAGCAGCUGGAAGUUACCCUCGUCUCUGACGACCUCCAGCAGAUCCUAUGAUCGCCCCUGGGCUGAAUCCUCUCUCAGCAGCAGGAGCAAACUGACCGAUUCUGAGGCCAGGUUGGGGAUGCGCUCCGGGCUGUUGAACGUCACUGAUGAUGGUGAUUCUAAAAGGGCAAAAAUGUCAUACAGCAACAGAGGACUGUACUCGAGAACACCCAGCACCUCCGUUACAGGAUCCACCUAUUCCAGUACUGGGCUCAGCAGUGGCAGAGCUACAAGUGAAAAACAAAAGGACACAUAUGAUUCAUCGUGGAGCUCGUGCCGUUUACUCUCACGGUCUUCCUCCUCCUCGUCCUCGUCCAAUCCACUGUACAGGAGAGAGCUCGAGACAAAGAAUGACCCUGCUCUCUCAAGUUUGGGGGAAAGAAGGAACAGGACUACUGGAUUGGCUUCCUCAUUGUAUCCGACAGACAGGGUGACCUCCACAUAUGCCCAGGGAGCUCGGCCUAAAGAGACUACAUACUCUCCUUCCUUCUCUUCCUCCUCCUACUCCUCCUCUGCUAGAGAAAGCUCCCUCAAUAGCCACCUCUCACCUUCCUCUUCCUACCGCUCUUCACCUCUAGUGCGCGACAGCACCAGAACCCCUUCCCGUUUCUUGAGUAGCUCAUCCACCCUCCACUCAUCUCCAGAACCAACGAGGAACCCUGUCCCCUCCUCAAAUAUCUCCUCCUCCUACUCCUCACACACCUCCAGGUUCGCGACUGCGCUGCCCAGACCAGAGGCCCCGCUCCCUGCGAGGCCAGCUCCUGAAGGCGGUGAGUCAGACAGCCGUAGCUCCACCCGACGCCUUCUGUCCCGUCUCUUUUCACGCCGCUCCAGCCAGGACUCUUCCAGCGGUUCCUCCAGUGUUCGCUCACUCGAUGAUGACAGCCCUUCCACGGGUGGAGAGUCUGUGGACAGUGAGGAGGGGGCCAGGGUAUCCAGUGUGGAGCCCAUAGUUGGAGGCUCAGAGUCGGGCUUGGGGAGCCUCAGGAACCGCAGAGCAGACCUCGCCCCUAUCCAGGAAAUCAACGACGGCCAUCGCAGCAGUCAGGCUCCGUCCAGAACAACGCAGUGGAGAGAACCUGGCGUCGGCAGUAGUAACACCACCACCAGCAGCAGCAGUGGGGGAGGCAGCAGCUACUCCUGGCUUUCCUCCUCCCUCCGCGGCCGCUGCCCUCCCCUCCUCUCCCGCCUCAGGAGACACACUCUGGGUGAGAAUGCACACUCUGCUGCUGCAGGCUUGGAAGAAGGCUACAGCCGUCCGCAGCACCUACUGAGGAGGUGGGACGAUCAUGAGAAUAAAGUAACACAGGAAGAUGACGAUGAUAAUGAUGAUGAUGGUGAAGACGAUGACGAUGAGGAGGAGGAGGAGGAAGAUGACGAUGAAGGAGCGGUUGGUUUAGAGGCCUUUUCUGCGGGUCAUCCCUGCAGACUUGAGGGUGAAACGUUACCUGAACUCGAGGAUGCAGCAGUUGAUUUUCCGCCCCACCGCAGAGUGUACGACAACCUUGCGGCUCAUAUGGGAGCUCUGGGGGCCGUGGGCCAGCUGGACGGCCAGAAGGAGAAACCUGUGGUCAGUGCAGAUCAGGAGAAGCUGCGCAAGAUCAAGGAGAGACUGCUGUUGGAGGACUCAGAUGAAGAAGAAGGAGACCUGUGCCGAAUCUGCCAGAUGGGGGAGGAAUCGGUCACCAACCCCCUGAUUCAGCCCUGCCGCUGUAUAGGCAGUCUGCAGUACGUCCAUCAGGAUUGCAUCAAGAGGUGGCUCCGCUCCAAAAUUGGCUCCGGCACUAACCUUGAGGCCAUAGCAACCUGUGAGCUCUGCAAGGAGAAGCUGCGUUUGAACAUAGACAACUUUGACAUCCAGGAGUUAUACAGGACACAUGUGCAAUCAGAAUAUGAUGAGUUCAUCAGCAGCGGCCUCUACCUGGUGGUGCUGCUGCAUUUCUGUGAACAGAGGUUCUCGGAUGUGCUGGGAGCAGUCGAUGCAGCUGGGUUAUUCAACCUGGUGAGAAUCCUUCAUGAACACAUGGACAAUCUGGAAAUUCCUAAUGGGGAAAGUGACGAGGAGCUGCGAGACAACCGACCGUCUAUUGACUUUUCUGACCUGGACGACGAUCUUGAAGAGGAGUAUUAAUGAUGUGAGUGGUGGAUUGAGGCUAAAAAAAAAUGUGGGUCACUCCAUGCCAUAUGGUAGUUCACCCAGUUUUCACACAUGCUUGGAAAUUGUUAUGUUCAUCCGAAAUGCAACGGCAGCGAGAAAAAGCCAAGUGCACAGAAGAUGUCUCGCCUUUGUUGCAGCUGGCUUUUGCAGAUAUGCAAACUCGAUAAAUAUUUUGGUUUACGCCACUGUAUUUCUGUUUAUAUGAGUGCACUUUAUUCAAUUUUAAUUAAAUAAAAUGCUAUUUUUUUUUCAACUGUUAUACCACAAGUGCUUUAAUGUGUGAAUGAAGAAGCAGGAAUUGGAAAAGCACAGAGGGACAGCGGGGACACGUGCCAAUCUGUACUGAUGUUGUUGUGUUGGCAACGGUGCUUUAUGGAGAAAAUAUUAAAAGUGGUGAUUUUUCCUUUAUUUUCUGUUUUCCACUGAGAAUAUGGUUAAAGACAAAGAAAUACGUAUCCCCAUGAAAACAAAUGUAAUCAUCUUGUGUCGGUGUUUGAAAUGCUUUAUGUAUGUACAAAUGUAGUUCAAUUUUGGAAAUAAAGAUUGAAUGCAAAUUG